ACAAUCUGCAAUGCAACUGUCUUUAAGCUAAAUUUAUCAUGUUUUAGAAUAUUCUCUGUGUAUAUUAUCUGUGUAUAUUCUGCAUCUUAAAUAUUUUAUGCAAUUAGUUUCAUAAUUUCUCCAUGGAUACUACCAUUCACUUUUCGUAUAUCAUUUCUCCAUUGCCAUAUCUCUAUUUGGUAUCGUCAUAUCAUAUGCUUUUAACAUUUUACACUAUCACAUUUUGUUGUAAAUUAUUUGCACGGCUUUAAAAAAUCUGUUUAUCAGCAAAGGAACUCCGUGUUCAGUGGUAUUUUUGUUGCGUUUUUUUUUUGUUACAUUUGUACUCCGAGACAACUAUUUUCCGAUCUUCGAUUCACUCUCUUGCAUCUAAAGCAAAUUACGACAUGAAUGGAAAGCAUUAGUUGCAUUUUAUGAGAGGAAACGUUGGUUGUCAAAUUUGGUUGCAAUCGUGUACAUUUUGCAGUUCUGAUUUGGUUUGUUUAUGUAUUACAUGAUAUAAUCAGAAAUGAGUGAUGAUAUACGCCCAGAGAUUGUAAGACGAACGCAAGACACGCUUGGGAAGUAUAUAAAGAAACCGCCGUUAACUGAGAAAUUGUUGAAGAAGCCUCCGUUCAGAUUUCUUCAUGAUAUUAUAAAAGCUGUGAUACGAGAGACUGGCUUCCUCCAGGGUUUGUUCUCUGCUGAGGAGCUGAGCAAUGAGACCAUCAAGGAUCGAGACAGCAAGAUUGCCUUUCUGCAGAAAGUUAUCGAUGCUGUCAAGGUCAUCACAGGUACCAACCUGACUGUCCGUCCAGCCAAGAUCAUUGCAGGCCACGAACCUAGCAAGACCAAUGAGUUGUUGCAAGCAAUUGGCAAGGCACUGGAUAAAAAGCUGAGCAGUCUUGAGUAUGUGGAGUCACUGCAGAAGGCAGGCAAGAAGCCAAAGCCAGCCACCAAGGCAAUUACCAGAGAGAAAGUUGCCAAGACAAAACCAGCAUCACAGGUCAGAACGCAAGUGGACCGGGCCUUGGCAAAGGGGCACGAGGAAAAGAAGACAAACAAGUUGAUUGGUGAUGCCAACACAAAGAGCUCUAAGGUGAAAAAUGAGGCGAGAACAAUUAAAGAUAUGGACAAUUGUGGUUCUGACUGCAGACCAGUAGAAGAUGUACCACACCCAGCACAAGAGGCAGAGAAGCAGUCAGCAGUCAGGGAAGUGCUGGAGGACAGUGUGGGAGAAGAUUCACCGCAGCCAGCACAAGAGGCAGAGAAGCAGUCAGCAGUCAAGGAAGUGCUGGAGGAAAACAUGGGAGAAGAAACACAGUCCAUGCAUGCGAAGGAUUCAGAUGUGAAGAGACCCCACUCUGCCAGACGGGGCCAUCGUAAGCCAUCAGCAACAGGCAUAAUGAAUCACACACCUGCAGAUCUGGAUGUCUUGGAGAGUAUGGCAGGGGACAGCAACAAGAAGAAGACAGAGACAUUGCUUGAUGGUAAAGAGAAGACUGAAAUUCUGGAUUCCCCUCAACAUCCAGAGGUUCCGCUUCUGGGGGCAGAUAACUCAAAAAUGGAACCAAAUAAAGAGCUGCCUACUGCCCCUGUACCUAGAUCAGCACGCCCUCCAAGUGCACGUCCACACAGCGCCCGGCCAGCUGCCCCCAGGAUCAGGGAUCGAGGUGAAGUUCGGCUCGCAGAGGAAUCCAGUUGCAGCAGCAGCUCCAAAGGAAAAGUGAAUGUUAUCACAGAGAAUGAGGACACUGUGGAGCAGGAUGAGGAAGACAGUUUCGUUGUGGUGGAGUCACAGGAGUCUGUUCUGACCCAGGAGCAGCAACAAUCUUCACUCCCUGUAACUGAUACGAAGCCCAUAGAAGAGGGGAGACAUGGGCACCUAGUGGCACAGAUCUUGGAGACACAGAAGGACCUCGAGGAUGACAGCCAUCACCAGAGUCAGGACCAUCAGACUAAGAAAGUUGAAAUUGAGUGGGAGGUAGGACGUCGCAGGGAACGAGAGCUGGCAGGCCGUGAGAUUGAUCGCCUGCGUGGCUCAAUACAGACUCUGACAAGGGCUGCCAACCCACUGGGCAAGCUGAUGGACUUCUUACAGGAAGAUGUGGACUCAAUGCAGCGAGAACUGAGCAUGUGGCGACACACAAACAUGGAGCUCAAGGCACAGCUGUGCAUGGAGCACAGCCAGACACAGCAGCUCACGGAGCCAAUGAGGCUCCACCUCCAGCACUUGCAGCACAGCAUAGAGGAGCAACUGAGCCAGUUGAGCAUUCUCAAGGCCACUGUGUUGCGGAAUGACCAGCACAUCCAGUGCUUGCUGACAAACAAGAAUGGCUCAAUCCUCCACUUGUAACUGGGAGAGAGUUCCCAUUGGUCUUCAAGCAGUAAAAAUUUCACUGCAGAUUUGGCAGAGUAUUGUAAGUUCAUUUUGCUAAAGGAUUUGUAUGAAUGUCUAAGACAGGCUUAAAACCAUUGCAUGCUUUGGUUUUAAGCCCUGAAAAUCAUGUGAGAAGUGAGUUAUCCUUUUGUUUUGCUGAUUGGCGUAACCGUAUCAGUAGUGAAGAGCAACUCUGAUUGUCAUGUGAAGCUUUAUGCAUUUCUGGUGAGAAAGUCCUUGAGGUUUGUAAUCAGUUUGAAUCUGGACUGAACCUAAGACAUCUGGUUCAGGAACUAACUUAUUGUUGCUAGAAAACAUUGUUUCAGAUAUUAAAAGUAUUUAUUCUUUCUGGGUGGUGUACCUUCAAGUGCUGUGCUCAGGGUGACUUCUGCUCUUGUAUUUUGUGAAAUGAAAGUGACAUCCAUUUGUGUCACAAGUUCAGAGGUUUACUGUUAUUCUUUUGGUCAAGAGAUUCAUCACCAUGUUCACAAAAGUUCAUCCAAUUGUGUACAUAUGUUCACACUGUGCUCACUGCAUUAUAUGCGCAAGCUGAAGGUUCUGCGGUAUGUUCGGCGUUAAAUUAUGUAAAUUAUGCUGUAGCAUAGUAUAAAUAUAACUUGUCUUUUGUUCUGGAAGAAGACGAAAAGACAAAGUGGAAAUGUUACAUGCCAGGGGAAACAAGAAGUGCAUGCAACAUUUUACUUGGGAAGAACAAGUUGGUUAUGUAGAGACUGAUCUCAGUCCAGUGAACUGUUGUCAGAACUAAAACAAAGGAAUAUUAUUGGUGGGACAUGGAAUCAAGAUUGUAACAUUGUGAUACUGUGGUGACAUGGGAGUUGUACAGAAUAAAGACAUCAGAUAAAUUUUAAUAAUUUUAUUGUGACACAGUAAUGGUUCCAGUUUUAUUUCAUUGUGACAGAUGGCCUCACAGCUUCUAUGCCGCCCUUUAGCGCUUGGCUACUGAGAUGGCAACACUACCAAUUCUCAUCUCUCAGACAUACAAGUCUGAUGGUGGGUCUGACUCCUAGUCUACCCAAAUCAUAUAACAUUAUCUCCAUACAUGUACCAAGAGUCUCAUACAUUGCUGAUACUGGGAUACAUUUCUUUGGCUCAGGUGAGAAAGGCAAAAGCAAAAAAGUGUGACAUUUCUUUUGCAUUCAGGGAUCACCUGGCAACAUAACCCAGAUGAGUAGCCAACUUACCACCAACAUUAUACAAGGUAUGAUAAAGCUGCUAUUAGGUCAUUAAGUAACACUACAUUGUAUGAUAUGAUUCAGGCUCCUGCGAUAGCUAGCGAACUGUCACACAGUUCCACUCUGGAAUGUAAGCAACAGCGGGAAUGAGUGAAGGCACAUCAUAACAAACAUUCAACAGCCACAGUAACAUGAAUGAAAGCCAUUUUCUACUGCUGACAACUAAACCCAAUCUACAGUAACAAGGAUAUUCUUUGUUGUACCCAAAACUUCUAUACAGUUGCACUUACAUGACUUUUGCUUUAAAGCUUUUUUUACUAUAAAAGGAAACAAACAUUGUAUAUAACAUAAACUCUUUUACUUGUAAAUUUAUGUAACCUUAGUCUGAUGUACAUUUUCAAUUGUUAUUUAACGAGAUCUCAUUUCUUUAAUAAACUGAGAAGUAAAGAAGCCAGAA